CUAGUUCCCCUUUUGUUUUGUUGGUGGAAGAAGUACUUAGAAGCAGGUCCCCUCAUUUACCCAGUCAUGCAGGCCAUCAAAUGUGUUGUCGUGGGUGAUGGAGCGGUGGGAAAGACAUGUCUCCUGAUCAGUUAUACGACCAAUGCCUUCCCUGGCGAAUACAUACCAACUGUAUUUGAUAACUAUUCCGCUAAUGUGAUGGUUGACAGCAAACCGGUGAACCUGGGAUUAUGGGAUACGGCCGGCCAGGAGGAUUAUGACAGACUGAGGCCACUCUCUUACCCGCAGACGGACGUAUUCCUGAUCUGUUUUUCUCUGGUUAGUCCAGCAUCCUAUGAGAACGUCAGAGCUAAGUGGUUUCCAGAGGUGAGGCAUCACUGUCCCAGCACCCCUAUCAUUCUGGUGGGGACCAAGCUUGACUUGCGUGAUGACAAGGAAACCAUUGAAAGGCUGAAGGAAAAGAAACUUUCUCCAAUAUCCUACCCCCAGGGUCUGGCACUAGCUAAGGAGAUCGAUUCAGUGAAAUAUUUAGAGUGCUCAGCUCUCACACAGCGGGGCCUCAAGACGGUGUUUGAUGAAGCGAUCCGGGCGGUCCUGUGUCCUCCUCCCUCACGGCCCAAAAAGACGCCUUGUGUCUUGCUCUGAGGUCAUCUUGAGGACCCUCAGCUUGUACCUAUUGUUGCAGUAAAUUCUACGCCUCUUCGUUUCUCCAAGCUUCACCAGUUACCCAUAUUACCUACCCCAUACUACCCUCAUUUAUAUCCCCCCCCCCCAAGAUGACCCCAUCCCCUGUGCAGUCCGUAGAACACCCCAUAUGGAAUCAUUCCUCUGCAUGAUUCACCCUCAUUCCCUGCACCACAAAUCACCCCAGUAUCUCCAUUAGUGCCCACAUCUCUCACACAGAAUUGUGCUCCCUGCUCCUGUGUCAUUUUACUGUAGUGCUGUAAUAUUUUUCUGAUAGUAAUUAAAUAUUUUAUUACUGUGUUUUUCACUGUC